UAGUCACUCACAGACUCUCACACACACACUGUGAGGUUCACACACAGACACACACUCAGAGUUUAACUGUCAGAGAGCUGUUGAUGAAGAUGAAGGAGCUGCUCCUCUUCCUCUCCUGUGUCCUCUGUGUCUCUGCUGACGCUCUGCACAGGGACAUUGCUAUCAAUGGCUGUUCAGACUCUGAUGGAGAGAUGAUGUAUGGACUGGAUGGUGAAGAGGUUGCCUACGCAGACUUCAACAAGCAGGAGAUGAUCUACCCUCAGCCUCCUUUUAUUGAUCCUUUCACUUACCAGGAAGGAACUUAUGAAACCGCUGUGGCUAAUCUACAGGUCUGCCAACAGAACCUGAAGACUGUUCGUGUGGGGAUGAAGGACUUCCCUCCCAAACACAUUGCUCCCUCAGUGAUGAUCUACACCAGAGAUGAGGUGGAGUUUGGAGAGAAGAACACUCUGAUCUGUCAUGUGACUGGUUUCUAUCCUGCUCCUGUCAACGUCUCCUGGACCAAGAAUCAGCAGAAGGUCACAGGAUCCAACAUCAACGUUCCCUAUCUAAACAAAGAUGGUUCCUUCAGACAGACGUCCAGACUGGACUUCACCCCACAGCUGGGAGACAUCUACAGAUGUGCAGUGGAACAUCUGUCCCUGACUGAACCGCUGACCAAGAUCUAUGAGGUUGAUUCGUCCGCUCGCUCUGAUCCAGGUGUCGGACCCUCUGUGUUCUGUGGAGUGGGUCUGACUCUCGGUCUGGUCGGUGUGGCUGUUGGAACCUUCUUCCUCAUCAAAGGAAACGAGUGCAGCUGAUUGGCUCACAGUGAUGAUGUCAUCAGUGUUAUAUGAUGAGCUCAUAAUCACUGUGACUGUCCUGUAUGUAAGUGUGGAGAGUUCACCUGUAAUGAACAUCAGAUUCCUGUCUGCUUCCUGUUUACCUGCCUGAAGUUAAUCACCUGUAUGAGCUGUUCUGUCUGUUAUCAUGUGUGUCAAUAAAGUUUAGCUCUGAAUUCAAAGCAAAGCUUCUUUCAGCCACUCUCCCCCCACAGCUCCACAUGUUUGAUCCAGCAGAUGUUACCUGGACUCUGUUCCUGCC